AUGAAUGAAAAUGGAAUAAAAGAAAAUAAAAACAAUUCUAAAAAAGGUGAGAAGCGCUCCAAGAAAGGAACCCCCCAAAAGGCGGGCAGCAAAGAUGAUCAAACAAAAUCAGACCCUGCAGGUGCCCCAAGCGAAAAAGUGAAUAGCGCAAAUGCGCACGAUGCUAAUGAAGCAAAGGAUAACAGCGCGCAAACUUCAGGCAAAAAAAAUAUGAGUAACCUAUUUUCAUGGAAAAAAAAAAAAAACAAACAGAAGCAUUCUGAAAAUAAAAUGGGGGAAAACAACUCCGAUAUGCAAGGGAACAACUUGCAAACAAGCCCAUAUGUCAACUUGGGCGAUGAUGAUAUGGAUCAGAAGGCAGAUGGCGAUGGUUACUAUGACCAGGAUAACAAUAAUGAUGUAAACGAUGUGCAAAAGAAUUACGAAGAAAGGAAUGCAAAUGAAAAUUAUGAUAAUGAAAAUAGUACCAUUGUUGAUAUGGGUGAAAAUGAACAGAAUUCAGAAGGUGCAGGAGAAAAAGAAAGGAAAAAAAAUUGGAAGAGAAGAACAUUUAGUCGUUUCACCCCUGGGGGUGUACGCUCAAGCACAGUUCUGUUUAUAUGUACAGCUAUAGGUGUCGGUUUUCUGUCCAUACCAUAUGUUUUUUCAAAGCUCGGGAUAAUAUUAAGUUUAAUGUUGAUACUUCUAAACGCCGUGGAAUCCUACGUCACAACGAACAUCCUAUGUUUGUCAUCCCUGGAGCAUAACACAUUUGUAUAUGGAAAUUUGCUAAAAAAAAUAGGACAUAAGUACCACAAAACUAUCAUCGACAUUGGGCUAACGUUUGGUUUUCUUUCCAGUUAUAUUUUGAUCUUGAUACUAAUAAGUAAUUUUUUAAGUUGUAUACUCUACGUUUUUAAUUUCCCAGCCUUAUUAUGUAACCACACCUUUUUGAUUAUUCUAGUGUGUGCACUGAUAGUACCUAUAACCUUUCGCGACGAAGUGGGCUCUCUGGACAACUUUUUGACGUUUUCCUUAUUCUCGCUAAGCAUAACAGUAUUAACGAUAGGAUGGCAGGCACGAGACUACUACACCCAAUUGAUUAACAAGGAUAUAGUUCUAUUCAACAUGAAUAAGCAUUUUUUCAAAUGUUUCAAUAUUUUGUUGUUUUCCUUUUCACAACAACCAAAUGCAUGUUUUAUAACUGGACAGUUUAAUCAGCCGACGCACAGAAGAUUAACAAAAUCAGCAUACAGAAGUGUUUUGUUGCAAAUUAUUUUUUACACUCUUCUUGGACUUUUAGGAUAUUUGUCUUUCCUGACAACGACCAAGGAUAACAUCAUAUUGAAUUAUGAAGACACAAAUGUAUCCAUACUCUUGUGUAAAUUUCUCCUAUCUAUAACAUUCUUUUUUUCCGUUCCGUUAAAUUUCAUGGGAUCCUAUUCCAGCUUACUAUCCUUGUACUUAUCCGCUCGCAAUAUGUUCCUUAAAUUUUAUGUGUAUGUGUCCAGAAGAAAUAGGUACAUAGCUAAUUUAUCCACCUUCUUACGCGAAAAUGAGGUCAAUCUGCUUGAGGAAAAUGCCCUUGAUAAUUUAACAGAAAAUUCGAGCACUACGGAAUCGCUAGCUGAGGACAAAAACCAGAGAAAAAUCAUCUCCAUUUCUGUCACCAUUCUCUGUGCCCUUAUUGCAUUUAAUGUUAAAAAGUUAUCCAACGUUAUUGGUAUAGGAGGAGGAAUCACAUCUACGCUCAUAUCCUGCCUUUUACCCAAUUUGAUUUACCUUAAAAAUAUGCACAAUGUGAAGAACAAGCUAGAACGAUAUGCAACCCUCUGUAUGUUAUGCUUUUUCUCCUUCAUGGGUUUUUUUUCUGUCAUUAUUACUGCGCUAAAUUUAAUUUUUUAG